AUGGGGCCGAUCCGGGACCGACAAGCGCCUGCUCGACCUCCUGCCCCCACCUCCCCCGCAGCCUUCACUCCCUUCCCCCAAGCCCAGACCCUCCUGCUGGAGCACCGUCUGCGCAUGCCCAGACUGAGCCGGGGGUCCCCGGAGGAGGAGGCCGUUAAAGGCCAAAACAGAGUCUUUUUCUCGACAAAUAACUUUGAAAGCAGCCUGUUUCCACUGAGAAUCCCUAUCUCGUUUAAGGUCAACAAAGCAGAAGUCACCGCGGCCCACUUCACCAGGUCGAUCUUGUUGCUGGUCGUGAAUUUUCACGUCUACAUUUAUGAUUACAAGGUUGACUUCUGGCUCACGCCGGAAGGUGACAUGUGGUUGGGAUGUGAGGAGUUCCACGGAUAUCUGGGAGGGAUCUUCAACUUCUACACCCUGUCCCAAGUGGGGUUGCUUUUCUAUUACAACAAGAGGGCCAAGUUCAGCUACUCCGAGCACCCCCUGAACCGCACCUUUGGGCAGUCUUUUGACUACAGAGACACCCCUAACAUCCUCAUCCCUCCGGGCCAGAAGGGCACCCUGAUCUUCUGGGCCAAAAGGAGCCUUUUUAUUUCCCGAAACACAGGUCAGCUCGUGAGACCAGUCUACUUGGAGAACGCUUACCAGGGCCACAAGGAGACCAUAUCUGAUCUCAAUAUGACUAUCCACAGCGUGGCCGCUAAUCAAAAUGAAAUGGCGAUUUUAACUAAGCAGAAUGACUUGUAUUACGGUUUCCAAGGAAUCCUGUCAACGACGCUAAUGAAAUUGCCAGACCAAGACUCUUUUUCCCCUAUGUCUGUCUUGACAUUCUCGGGCUUGGGAAAGCUCGAGAUCCUGACGCCAAUUCAAGAUAGGAAAAUCUUCAUCUUCAAUUACAAUAGGAUCCUCUUCAUCUUCAAUUACGAGAAGAUGCUCAUCAACAUGAAAACGCUCCUCAUGGACCCCCACUACAGAAUUGGUCCCUGCAAAGUGGAGUUCCUGGAAGGCGAGUUUGAGAACCGGAUGUACACCAUCGACAUGAACAGCAAGCUGGAGCUGACAGCCACAAUUGUCCCACGGCCGCUGGCAUCCCCCAUGCCACUGGUGUUGGUGAGCAACCCCCACUCCCUGGGGCUGGAGACCAAGAUGUACGAGGACAGUUACUUCCUGGACCAGAGCACCAAGUUCAGGCUGCACAUCUCCCUCAAACAGCAGCAACACUCGGGCAGGGCGGACCCCAACUUCACCUCCUGGAUAAAGAGGGAGACCGCCUCCACCGUCACCCUGGACAUCGCCAACAAGGAACUUUCGUGUGUGAACAUUCCGCCUCUGACCGCCCUCAUCAACAUCGGUUGCGAUGCUGAGAAAAAGGUCGUCAUUCAAAAGGACACCACAUCCUGCAACAAGGGGAUCCUGGACUCCGUGGAACUCCAGAACAACUACAGCUACGUCCUGGACCGGGACAUCUACAGCCCCAACUUGUCCGGGGAGGACCAGGUGGUGUUCUACAAUUACGCCCUGCUGGGCUGCCCCCUGCUGGUCUACUACGACACUCCCUGGAAGCCAGUUCUGCAACUGUGGCAGGGACAGGAGUUUCAGGAGGUCGUCGAGGCCGAGUACGUGAUCAAGGAAGUCUACGGGUUGCUGACUUAUUCGUACUCUCUGACGGCCGAGACCGCGGGCUGCACAGCUCAGCCGCAGAACUGGAGCUCCCAGUCCAAGGAGAGCCUCUUGUGGUGGGGGCGGGAGAAUUACCAGAGCUGCCAUGACUCCAACAACCCGAAUCCCUUAAAGUGGCCCGAUGUCCAGUACGAAGUUCUCGGUGGCCAGACAGACAAUAAGGUGGUUUUUGAGCAAAGGAAUGGAAUUUACGUCUUCUAUCUCUCUGUGGUGGACCCCUUGUACAGGUGGGCAGGGCUGGGCAACCCUGAUAUUUUCUUGCGGCAGAUGGUGUAUGUUUGA